UCGGACAGCGCGCUCGUAGAGGCGAGGCAAGCAGAAAGAAAGAGCACGCCACGGCCCACGGCACAGUAGCUUCGACUGCAAGGCCGGCCGGGUGAGAAACAGAGAGGCGGUAGGGAAGAGAUGGAAGGGGAGACCAAGAACGGCGGCGGAGUGGAGGAGCGGUCGAGGUUCAGGCGGGUGUGCGUGUUCUGUGGGAGCAGCUCGGGCAAGCGGAGCAGCUACCGGGACGCCGCCGUCGAGCUCGGCAAGGAGCUGGUGGCGAGGAAGGUGGAUUUGGUGUACGGAGGGGGCAGCCUGGGGCUCAUGGGGGAGGUCUCCGAGGCCGUGCACAAGGGCGGCGGCCAUGUCAUUGGCGUCAUACCUACCACUCUGAUGGGCAAGGAGAUCACCGGCGAGACGGUGGGCGAGGUGCGGGCCGUGGCGGGCAUGCACCAGCGCAAGGCCGAGAUGGCGCGCAACUCCGACGCCUUCAUCGCGCUCCCCGGUGGGUACGGGACGCUGGACGAACUCCUGGAGGUGAUCGCGUGGGCUCAACUUGGCAUCCACAGCAAACCGGUGGGUCUGCUGAACGUGGACGGGUACUACAACUUCCUGCUGGCGUUCAUCGACAAGGCGGUGGACGACGGGUUCAUCAAGCCCGCCCAGCGCCACAUCUUCGUCAGCGCCCCCGACGCCAGGGACCUUGUCCAGAAGCUCGAGGAGUACUCGGCGGUGCAGGACGAGGACCCUGCGACGCCGAAGCUGCGUUGGGAGAUCGAGCAGGUCGGCUACAACGCCUCGCUCCAGGCCGAGAUUGCUCGCUGAUCGAUCCAUCUACACAGUAGCAUGAUCAUCACCCUAUCUAGAUAGCAACGCACGGGAGGAGGAUUUGUUUUUUUGGCAAUGCUUCGUGUCCGUGCGUUUUGCUCCCUUACCAUAAAGCUUGUCCUGACUGAACCAGCGACCAUGUAUUAUUAUUAUAUAUCCAUUUGUGCUCCACGUAAUCGUAUUAGCUAUUUUACCCUGA